UGAAAAUACGGCAGAAGAAGAAGAAGCAGAAGAGGAGGAGGGAUUUAGAUGUGUCUUGUGAUCAUGGACUCUUGAUGAUAGGUAGAAAGGUGGGAAAUAUAUAAAACAGGCUUUGAUUGGAGAGAGAUAGAGAGAGAGAGAGAGAGAGAGAGAGAGAAGAGGGCGGCAGGCAACCCAUGUGCUCACAUGGAAACAUAGAGAGAGAAUGUAUGUGUGUGUGUGAGAGAGAGAGAGAGAAGAGGGAGAGAGAGAGAGAGAGAGAGAGAGAGUGAGAGACAAACACAGAGUAGAAUAGCAGCGACAAGAGGGGAGAAGUGGAAAGAAGAAAGUCUUUAUAGAAAGAAGAGGAAGUAGCCUAUGGCGUGAGGGAAGGAAAAGAUGCGGUAGAGGAAGAGGCGAGAGUAGAAGAGAAGAGAAGCUUAUAAAGAUCCCAUCUUUUUGGCUUUGCGUGGUAGCCUUAGAGGCGGCAAAGGAGUGAGUGAGGGGAGAGAGAGAUGAAGGAAGGGGGCGGAGAUGGGUUCGUGAGGGCGGACCAGAUCGAUCUGAAGAGCUUGGACGAGCAAUUGGAGCGGCACCUCAGCCGGGCAUGGACGAUGGAGAAGAGGAAGGAGGAGGAGAGGAGGGAGAGGCGGAGGGAGGAGUGGGAGAUCGACCCAUCGAAGCUGCUCAUCAAGGGGGUAAUCGCCAGGGGCACCUUCGGCACCGUCCACCGUGGGGUCUACGACGGCCAGGACGUCGCCGUGAAGUUGCUGGACUGGGGUGAAGAGGGAAACAGAACGGAAGCUGAAGUUGCGGCACUACGGACUGCCUUCUCUCAGGAAGUCUCGGUUUGGCAUCAGCUUGAUCAUCCCAAUGUGACUAAGUUUAUUGGUGCUGCCAUUGGUGCAACAGACCUUAACAUACAAACAGAAAAUGGUCAUCUUAGCAUGCCAAGCAAUAUUUGCUGUGUUGUUGUUGAGUAUCUCCCUGGCGGUGCACUGAAAUCAUUUCUUAUAAAACACCACAGAAGAAAAAUAGCUUUCAAAACAGUCGUCCAGAUGGCUUUGGAUCUUGCAAGCGGGUUAAGCUAUCUUCAUUCCAAAAAGAUUGUGCACAGAGAUGUGAAAACAGAAAAUAUGCUUCUAGAUAGGACAGGAACAGUAAAAAUUGCUGACUUCGGCGUUGCUCGUAUUGAGGCUCAAAAUCCUAAUGACAUGACGGGUGAGACAGGAACCCUCGGUUACAUGGCACCAGAGGUCCUUAACGGAAACCCUUAUAAUCGAAAAUGUGAUGUUUAUAGCUUUGGUAUCUGCCUGUGGGAGAUAUACUGUUGUGAUAUGCCGUAUCCCGACCUUAGCUUUUCCGAGAUCACAUCUGCAGUCGUGCGGCAGAACUUGCGACCAGAGAUACCACGCUGUUGCCCGAGCUCUCUGGCAAAUGUGAUGAAAACCUGCUGGGAUGCAAACCCUGACAGACGACCGGAGAUGGAUGAAGUGGUAGCCAUGUUGGAAGCCAUUGAUACAUCAAAGGGCGGAGGUAUGAUACCUCCGGAUCAGCAACAAGAAUGUUGUGGGUGUUUCGGCAGGUAUCGAGGCCCUUGAUCAGCAACAAGCCAUUGGUCUGGGAAUGUUUAAACUUGGAAGAGACAGAGCAAUGUGCACAAUCAAUCGCAAAUGUCAGAUGCGGAGCUGAGAUAUUAUAGCGAUGCAUCUAGAGUAUGUUCUUCAUGUUUGUUGCUAUUUAUGUGACGAUGUAAAGACAUUCAUCUUCAUGUGUAUAACCUGGCUUCUCACUUGUACUC